AUGGAGACUUAUACGGAUGUGGCUUUAUUGCCUUCGUCAAUUACUGUUGCUGAGUACUUGUUUCAUAGAUUAAAACAAAUGGAUAUUAGAACUAUAUUUGGUUUACCAGGUGAAUUUAACAUGCCUUUAAUAGAUAAAUUAUACAAGAUACCUAGUCUUCGAUGGGCUGGUAAUGCUAAUGAACUUAAUGCUGCAUAUGCUGCUGAUGGUUAUGCAAGAUUAAAAAGGUUGGGUUGUCUCAUAACUACAUUUGGUGUUGGUGAGUUAUCUGCCUUAAAUGGUAUUGCAGGAUCAUUUUCUGAACAUUUAGGUAUUUUACAUGUUGUAAGGAUGCCUCCACUUCGGUUAAACCACUCAAUUGUAUUGAUCCUCUUUAGGAAUGGAGAUUACAAGUUUCCCAUGAAGGCCAGGGAUAUUCUUGUUACCCCCAGAAUUUCCCACCGGAAUUUGUGGGAUGAAAUGAUAAAGCCUAACCAAGCUUGGAUUUCAAGCGCGGGUAUAUUGGCCUACCGUUAUUGGCGGGGGUCAAAAAUUCCCAAGGGAAAGGGCGCUGAUUAA